AUGACAUUAAAAAUAACCGUUUUAAUAUCUGGGUCAGGUACAAAUUUACAAGCUUUGAUAGAUGCAAAUUUAUAUAAUGCAGAAAUAACUCGAGUAAUAUCAUCAUCAUCAACUGCUUAUGGUUUAACAAGAGCUGAAAAAGCUGGUAUUGCAACAAAAAUUCAUGCAUUGAAAAAUUAUUAUCAAGGUAUACCAAAGGAAGAAGUUGAACAACGUAAUUUAAAAAGAGAACAAUUUAAUAUAGAUUUAGCUAAUUUAUUAAUUAAUGAAAAUAAACCUGAUUUAAUUGUAUGUGCUGGUUGGAUGUUGAUUUUGUCACCGAGUGUUUUAAAACCUUUGGAAGAUGCUGGUAUUACUAUUAUAAAUUUACAUCCUGCAUUACCUGGACAAUUUGAUGGUACUCAUGCUAUAGAUAGAUGUUGGAAAGAAGGUCAAGAAGGAAAAAUAACUAAAGGUGGUGUAAUGAUACAUAAAGUUAUUACAGAAGUUGAUCGUGGUGAACCGAUAUUAGUUAAAGAACUUGAUCUUAUUAAAGGUGAAACUUUACAAGAUUAUGAAGAAAGAGUACAUAAAAUCGAACAUAUUGCUAUAGUUGAAGGUACAAAUAAAAUAUUAAAGGAAUUGUCUAUCUAA